AUGUUUCUGGUUCGGUGUCACCAAAGUGCUGCCGGCAGCUUGAUAGCAGCUUGUGGCGGCUGCGGGAUAGCAGACAGGACUUCAGUCCUUGCUGCGUCGGCCGCUCGGCGCGAGCCCGAUAGCCACGAGCGCUGCACAGGCAGCAAACACCAGCAUGAGCCUCUCUUCGCCGUGAAGCUCGGCGGGACGGUGCGGACGGGGUACGAGACCGUGGCGCCCGUCGUCAAGGAGCUGGAGAAGGAGCUGGGCGUCCCUGAGCGGUCGCUGGAGUUGGCGCUGGGAGUAGCCGGGUUGCUCUUCCUGGCGCUCUGCUUCUCCCGCUGCUGCUGCCGGCGGCGCGAGCCGCCUCACAAGCGGCUCGGAGAGUCCGACGAGGAGGAGGCGGGGGGCGGCAAGCCGAGUCCGCGGCGGCCGAAGCGCCGCUCAGAUGCCAUGCCGUUAUUGCCCUCAAACCGGUCCGCAGCGGAGCUGGAGCUGGAGGAGCAGGUGGCGGAGCUGGAGCGGCGCCUCCCCGUGAGCAAGGCCACAGAACUGGCGGAGCAGGUGGCGCACACAAACCGUCCCGCAGCGGAGCUGGAGCUGGCGGAGCAGGUGGCGGAGCUGGAGCGGCGCCUCUCCGUGAGCAAGGCCACAGAACUGGCGGAGCAGGUGGCGCACACAAACCGGUCCGCAGCGGAGCUGGAGCUGGAGGAGCAGGUGGAGGAGCUGGAGCGGCGCCUCUCCGUGAGCAAGGCCACAGAACUGGCGGAGCAGGUGGCGCACACAAACCGGUCCGCAGCGGAGCUGGAGCUGGAGGAGCAGGUGGAGGAGCUGGAGCGGCGCCUCUCCGUGAGCAAGGCCACAGAACUGGCGGAGCAGGUGGCGCACACAAACCGGUCCGCAGCGGAGCUGGAGCUGGAGGAGCAGGUGGAGGAGCUGGAGCGGCGCCUCUCCGUGAGCAAGGCCACAGAACUGGCGGAGCAGGUGGCGCACACAAACCGUCCCGCAGCGGAGCUGGAGCUGGCGGAGCAGGUGGCGGAGCUGGAGCGGCGCCUCUCCGUGAGCAAGGCCACAGAACUGGCGGAGCAGGUGGCGCACACAAACCGGUCCGCAGCGGAGCUGGAGCUGGAGGAGCAGGUGGCGGAGCUGGAGCGGCGCCUCUCCGUGAGCAAGGCCACAGAACUGGCGGAGCAGGUGGCGCACACAAACCGGUCCGCAGCGGAGCUGGAGCUGGAGGAGCAGGUGGAGGAGCUGGAGCGGCGCCUCUCCAGAGCAAUACGGGUACGGUACGUUGCCGUCGAUUGGCGGCACGGAGGAUAUGUCGCUCUAUCGGCCGACUACACGAAGGAGCGCGUCGCUGCCAUCCUCGCGGGCACGGACGCUGCGGGCGCGGGCGCGGGAGUGGAGGAGGCGCUCAAUUGCUGGGAGGAGGGUGCGUACGAAGCGGAGACGCUGGAGACGCUCGCCGAGUUCGGCGAUUGA